UGAACCUUGCAAGUUAGGGCCUCUAAGGGAAGAUAUUAGCGUGUAACAUGUUUCAUUCAUUAUUAAACUUUAUGGUGACGCAAAAUGAUAAUAUAGUUGUACCACCAUCUGUUAUAAGAAUAGAUGAAAAAAAAUAUACAUAUGUUAUAAGAAGAAGGAGAAACAAGAACUUCCAUUGAACCCAACAGCAAGUUAAGUAAGGUGUAGCAAGAUUUGAGAGAAUGGAACUGAUGUCUCAUUCCUCAACCUUCCUUCUUCAGCCGGAGAAUCCAGACGCAGCUUCCUCUUCUUCUGUCUCUCUAACAUACGCUCUCAUUGUUCUCAAUCAACCUCUCCCCAAAUUCACUCCUCUGCUUUGGAGCCACGCACAUAUACGAGUGUGCGCAGAUGGAGGUGCCAACCGUCUGUAUGAUGAAAUGCCUCUUUUGUUUCCUCUAGAGGAUCCUUCUCAUAUUCGCUCACGGUACACGCCUGAUGCAAUCAAAAGUGACAUGGAUUCAGUCAAGACUGAAGUACUCGAUUUCUAUGCAAAACUGGUACUAUUGUUUGUCAAUCUCAAUGUUCAUGUAAUGGAGAGAAUAAUUUCAGAACUCAACCUUCUGGAUUCACUCCAAAUUGCCAUUACUGGUCCCUAUGUCGAAGGUUUUGUGGUGUUUAUAAUUGACGAGUCUAAAGAUCAGGAUACUACAGAUUUGCACAAAUGUGUUGCAUACUUACGUGACCUUACACCAAAUACUGAUAAAUCAGAACUAUGCAUUCUCGUUGCUGGAGCACUUGGAGGUAGAUUUGAUCACGAGAUUGGAAACAUCAAUGUCUUGUGUCUCUUCUCAAACACACGUAUUAUCCUUCUAUCUAAUGAUUGCCUCAUUCAUCUUCUUCCAAAGAAUCACUCGCAUAAGAUCUUCAUUCAAUCUGUCGAGGGUCCACACUGUGGACUAGUCCCCAUUGGGAUACCGUGUGGAAGUUCUACAACCACGGGACUUGAGUGGGACCUUAAUGACAUGGAGAUGAGAUUUGGCGGUUUAAUAAGUACGUCAAAUAUUCUAAAAGGAGAUAUUGUAACAGUACAGUCUGAUUCAGAUCUUCUUUGGACUGUUUCUAUCAACAAGCUCUAGAUGGAACAGAUUUUAUAGUACUAUUUAUUAUCAUUGAAUUUAUAGCAGCAGUUAUGGUCGUGACUGUGUAAGUUAUUAUGUAAUGUGUGUGAAUAAAAAGAAAAUUGUAGACUGUUUUGGAUUAGAAAGUGGUUAUUUAAGA